AUGACCGACCCUCAGCCAUUGCCCGGCUCUGAUCGACUCGCCUGCAAUUGUCAUUAUCCUAUAGGUCUCGUCGUUUUCCUCGUAUUCACGAUAGCUUCACUCAUUUUGUGUAUUUUCAUUUGCUGUAUUGAUAUUACGAAAUGUUCUUUUUAUAAACGCCAAAAAGAACGUCCGCUAUUGAGAAGGACGUCGACAUUUGAUCCCAGAUUUAUGGAUGGACCGAGAAUCCAACGAAAAUUCUCGGUGGAUCCUCGUCUAUUAGCCUCUCUCGAUAAUGGAUUGAGCCGGCAAGGGUCAAUUGUUGGCCCAAUUCUCCCGGCUGUCACCCAUGCUGAAUGCAAUGGAAAUCUUUAUGGAAUGUAUUUCCCAAAUGAGGCUUUAGUUACAACUGUU